AUGGUGAACAUCACGGAAAAGAUUAAGGAGAUUGAAGAUGAAAUGCGUAGGACGCAGAAGAAUAAGAACACAGAAUACCAUUUGGGUCUUCUUAAAGGAAAACUCGCCCGAUUAAGAGCCCAACUGCUUGAACCUACUGGCGGUGCUGGCGGUGGCGGGGCAGGUUUCGAUGUCAGCAAGAGUGGUGAUGCCCGUGUUGCACUGGUCGGAUUUCCAUCUGUUGGUAAAUCCACCUUCCUGAACAAGAUCACCAAGACGAAGAGUGAAGCGGCCGCAUACUCGUUCACUACUCUUACUGCUAUUCCUGGUGUGUUGGAGUAUGGCGGUGCCGAGAUCCAGAUUCUUGAUCUUCCUGGUAUCAUUGAGGGUGCCUCUGAGGGUAAGGGACGAGGGAGACAGGUCAUUUCUGCCGCUAAGACCAGCGAUUUGAUAUUGAUGGUUCUGGAUGCUACCAAGAAGGCAGAGCAGCGUGCCUUACUCGAGGCUGAAUUAGAUGCUGUUGGUAUCCGCCUCAACAAAGAGCCUCCAAACAUUUAUCUUAAAGCAAAGAAAGCAGGCGGAAUGAAAAUUACUUUUUCAUCACCACCAAAGAACCUAGACGAAAAGAUGAUUUACCACGUCUUGCGAGACUACAAGAUUCUGAACUGCGAGGUCCUAGUCCGAGACGAGAACGCUACAAUCGAUGACUUCAUCGACGUGAUCAUGAAAGAUCACAGAAAAUAUAUCCCUUGUCUAUACGUUUACAACAAAGUCGACAGCGUCAGCAUCGAAUUCCUCGACCAACUAGCCCGUGAACCACAUACUGCUGUAAUGAGUUGCGAGCUAGACCUCGCCGUACAAGACGUCGUUGAACGUAUCUGGAAAGAACUACGCUUGAUGCGGGUGUACACGAAACGAAAGGGAAUUGAGCCUGAUUUUAGUGAAGCAUUGAUUGUUCGGAACAAUUCUACUAUUGAGGAUGUUUGUGACCAGGUCCAUCGGACGCUGAAGGAGACAUUCAAAUAUGCGUUGGUUUGGGGUGCGAGCGCGAGGCAUGUUCCGCAGCGGGUUGGGUUGGGUCAUGUUGUUGCUGAUGAGGAUGUGGUUUCGAUUGUGGCAAAGUAA